AUGAUUUAAUAAGAUAUUAGUGAAGAAGAAAUUAAGGUUUUCAAAGUUUAAGACGAAGCCACAUUGGAUACUGUAAUUGAAAAUGCUUUCUACUUUCCUUAGAAUAUUAUUCCUACAAUUGAUCCAUUAGAUGUUAUUACCACUGAAUCAGAUAAAUCAGUUAUUGAAAAAUUGCCUAGAGAAGCAAUUUUGAUAGAACCCUAAACUUUAAGAAGAUUUAUAUGUCCCUCAUGCAAAGGAAUUUUUUAAGAUCCCUCAUCAUGUCAUUAGUGUGGGUCUGUUUUUUGCUCUGCAUGUAUUCUAAAAAACAAAGAUAAACAUGGGUUGAAAUGCCCUAAUUGUAACACUUAUGACUAGUUUAAUAAUAAGUAGUAUUUUGUCUACAGACAAAAUAAAAUUUCAAUUAAUCAACUUUUCUUUACAUGCCACUGCUAAGAACUUAAUAUUUAGGCAUUUAAUAAAAUUAUGGAAUGUAAAGUGCCUAAAGAUCAGCAAUAAAAAUGGAGGGAAAUGCAAAAUGAAAAACCACUAGCCUAAGUAUACUCAUAUCAACAAUACAUCCAGCAUUUCAUUUAAAAUAAUAAUUAGUAUCACUAAUGUGACUAAAUGAAGAUAAAAUGUCCUUUGUAAUGUAAUUUCACUUCUAAUUAGGGCGAAAAAGUGAUAAGAAAAAGAGAUCUAAAAGAUCAUUUGAAGAAUGAGUGCAAUGAGAUGCAUCUCACUUGUUAGUAAUGCCAUCUGGGUCUUAAAAGAAAGUAGAUACAGCUUCAUGAUUGUAUAAGAGAUAGAUCUGUUUUUUAUUAACAUAAAAACUAAGAAGCAGUAGUAUCUAACAACAAUUUGAAGAAUAUUGGAAAAAAUUUGAAAGAAAUUAUUGAGUUAGAAAAAAUUGAACAUAACUUUAGAGUCAGAAAAUUUGGUAAGACCAUUAUAAACAAACGACGAAUUAACAGUAAAGACAUUUAAAAUAUUGAAUAAAUAUCUCCAUCUAAUUCAUAGGAAACACAGGUUUAAAAUAAUUAAUUCGAAAUAAAUAACAAUUGCAUUCCUUAUAAAAAUUAAGAAAAAUAAAAAAAAAAGAUUACUAAUGGCAGAAGUAGAUUAGUUGAUAUUAGGAAAAAUUAUAGUUUAAAAGGUACAGGAUAAGGCUUAGAGAGAUAUAAUUUAUGUAAUUCCUGUCGAAGCCAAUUCAAUUUGCCAUAAUAAAAAGGUUCAACUAGUAAUGACCAAUAGGAUUAAAUGGAGCUAGAAUUGCUAUAGCAUAUGUAUAACGAAAGCGAUGAAGAUGAUAUUGAUGAAAGAGAUCAGUAUUAAAGAACAUAAAAUUAUAAAGAAUUUAAAUAAAAUUAAUAAGAAUAAUAGUUAAAAAAUUAUGGGUAAAUCCAAAAAUGGAAGAGAAUGAAGUAAUGCAAAGGAUGCAAUGAUAUAUUUUACGAAUGA